CUAUGCUUCGAACAACUGAAUAUGGAGAGAUGACGGCAUCGAUGAUGAUAGCUCUGAUGUCAAAUUGUCAAAUUGUCAAAUUGCGUUCAAAAUAAAGUACCUCAAGUGAUUGUUUGCCCAUGUACCUGCUCAUCUAUCUACCGAUCGCUUGCAUAAUAGGAUACCUGAACUUGUCCCGAGAAUCAUAUAUAACUUUCCUCUUACACACUUACCUUCACCCUUUCGCAUCUUCGACCUCAAGCUCACACAAUAGAAUCAACUACAUAAAUCACCUCCAUACUCACAAUAAACCCCUAAACCCAACAGCAAUCUAUUCACCAACUCCGUGAUAAUGUCGUCCGUGUCCAGAAACGAAGGCGGCGAGUCCCCCUCACCUGAGCGCCAGUCCGGUGCUCAACUCAAAGACACACCCGCUUCUGGCCAAGGCACAGACGAUGCGCCGAACAAGAAGGAGGCGAUGCAAGAACAGCUAAAGAACUUGACGUCAAAUCCCCGAGGACCCCUCGAAGAUGCAGUGGAAGAAAAGUUUACCAAAACUGCAAAAUCGUCGUCAAAGUAGCGCAGGGUCUAGCUAGUGUAAAUUAGGCUUUUCUAGGAAUGACGGAAUAAAGACGUUGCCAGGGGAGGAUGACUUGUAUUACUUAUGAUGUACUUAAGCAUGGUUCUUCAUUACAUAGCUAUGCACGCUAUGAUUAACGUUACCUAUCACAAACCUUCAACGAUUUUA